AUGGGUAUCGUCAGCAACCGUCAAAACGCUAGCGAUUAUGACGAUGACAUGAAGCGUGCAAAAGCUGCAGGCAUUGAUGCCUUUGCAUUGAACAUCGGCACCGAUGCUUACACCGACACCCAGCUGGCUUAUGCCUACCAAUCCGCAGCUGACAACGACAUGAAAGUAUUCAUCUCUUUCGACUUCAACUGGUGGAGUGCCAGCCAGGGUAGCGAAGUUGGCGCGAAAGUUGCAAAGUACGCCAAUCUCCCUGCGCAACUCAUGGUCGACGGAAAGGUAUUUGUGUCUUCCUUCACCGGCGAUGGUGUCGACAUUAGUGCAAUUAGAUCUGCUGCUGGCUGCAACGUCUUUUUUGCGCCAAACUUCCACCCUGGCCAGGGUGAUUUCGGCGAUGUAGAAGCUGCCCUGAACUGGGUUGCUUGGAGCAAUGAUGGAAAUAACAAAGCUCCAACUCUCGCGAAGCAGCUUUCUGUCUCAAGUGGCGAUAAUACUUACAAGGCGGCUCUUGAUGGGAAGCCUUAUAUUGCGCCGGUGUCGCCUUGGUUCUCGACGCAUUUCGGCAGCGAGGUCUCCUACAGCAAAAACUGGGUGUUCCCUUCUGACCUUCUCUGGUAUAACCGGUGGAGAGAGAUUCUACAGGAGAGUCCUCGCUUCGUGGAGAUCAUCACCUGGAACGACUAUGGCGAGUCGCACUAUGUCGGCCCGUUAUCAUCACCGCACACAGACGACGGUGCCUCCAAAUGGGUGAUGGACAUGCCACACAACGGCUGGCUUGAUAUGGCCAAGCCCUUCAUCGCUGCCUACAAAGCUGGCUCAAAGUUCCCGAUCGAAUUCCUCGAUGAAGAAAAGCUAGUCUACUGGUAUCGACCGACCCCCAAGGACGUGGACUGUGACGCAACCGAUACAACGAUGCAAGGCAACCCCAACAACUCCAGCGGUAAUUUCUUCCGCGGCCGACCGGACGGGGCCGAUACCAUGGCUGAUGAAGUGUUCCUCGUCACUAUGCUGAAGGAGCCCGCAACGGUGGAAGUGCAAUCUGGGGACAUUAGCGUUACUCUCGAAGCAAGUCCAGGAGUAUGGUCGCAUUCGGUGCCGAUGGGUGUGGGUGCGCAAAGCUUCAAGGUUACUCGUGGCGGAAAGACAGUUGAUUCUUUGAGUGGGACUAGCUUGAGGGAUAUCACUGAUACGUGCCCCUGCGGCAUUUACAAUUUUAACGCUUAUGUGGGCACUCUGCCGGCAGAGGCCGCUAUCGAUCAGCUUCAGCCGGAUGGGCUGACCAUGUUGUCGCAAGGAUUGCAGGUUGCGUGUCCAACGAAUACCCUGGGGGCUAGCAGUGCUAGCGCGACUUAG